AUUAAAUUUGCGUUUUUCACAUAUUUUUUGAAUUUUUACUGUCUUUCCAUUGUAGCCAUUUCUCCAUGACCAACAAAACCAUUGUUAGAAGAAACACAGCAAUUUCAGAAACACAGCACUACUACCACCACCACCACCAAUUUCUUCUUCUACAUUGCAAUGGCGUCACUAACACCUGGCGUGCUCUCGAAGCUUCUAGAAUCUUCGGGGAACAAGGAGGCUAGGGUGACCGGGGAGCACCGCCACGCGCUCCUCCAAGUGAUCGAGAUCGUCCCUCGUUUUUCCCACGAGGACACGUGGCAGAGCAAGGGCUACUUCCUCAAAGUCUCUGAUUCCUUGCAUUCUGCUUAUGUCUCAGUACCUGAAAACGACGCCGAAUUGAUCUGCAGCGACAAGGUCCAACUCGGUCAGUUCGUUUACGUGACUCGCCUUGACUCAGCAAAACCCUCUUCCUCUAUUCCCGUUGUUCAUGGCUUGAAUCCCCUUCCGAAACGAAGGCCCUGCGUUGGGAACCCCAUUGACUUGGUUUCAAGCGAGUUGUUACACGUUGGAGCCAAUGUGAAUGUUGAUUUUAGAAGAAGCAAGAAGGGUAGUAAUGUCAACAAGAACAAGGGUUUGAAGAAGGGUGAAGAGAGUUCAAAGGGGAAGUUGAAGGGUUUGGGUUUGAGGAAUAAUAAUGGUAACUGUGAGAAGGUAGUGGUGGAGAUGAGGAGGUUGAGUUUGGAUUCUUCUAGAAGGGCUUGGGAUCAAAGCCCUGUUUCUAAGAAUGGUUCUGGGACUCCUAGUUCGAGAUUCAUGCUGAAAUCUGCUUCGUCUUCACCUAAUGUGGUUCACAAGAAUCUCUCUCUUAAAUUUGAGUCUCCAUUAAAAUCCCCAACUUCGAGUGUCUUACCACUGAAGAAUAAAAAUGAGAACUUGUGUCCGAAGCCGACAAGCAAUCCUUCGAGUAAAAGUACACCGCCCAGUAAGAGUUCUAAGUCACCAAGUGCUGGCACCGUUAAUAGCCAACUUGUUAAGGUGCCCAUCAAUGUCAAGAAUUGGAGUGAUGUGUCUGUAUCAUGGGAAGAUCUUCCAUCUCCCAUGUGUAAUCUUGGGAAGAAAGUUGUAACUCAUAGAAAUCUUGCUUUUGAUGCUGCUGUGAGGGCUCUUCAUGAGGCAUCUGCUGCAGAUACUGUAAUCCAAUGCAUGUGCUUGUUUGCGGAACUUUGUGAGUCUACCCAGAUUCUCUCUGCUGGAUUACUUGUGAAGCAGUUUCUAGAGCUUCACCAGAGUUUGCAGAGAGCGACAAUGGUGUUGGAUUCUUUGCUCACCCCAUCUCCUGAGACAAAGCAAAGCAGCCACUCUAUCCUAGAGGUUCCUUUUCACAAAAAUGCUACAUCUUGGGUACAAGCUGCCAUUGUAACCAAUCUUUCCAAAUUCAAUCUUUUCAGAGCACAAGGAAAAGGUGAGACUUUGAAUGGUGAAAAAUGUCACUAUGUUGUCAUUGAGAAUUCUUGUGAGGAAAUGCAUACUGUGAAUCUCGCUGUUCAGAAUAAGCAAAAUCGUGUAACUCAAACAACUCUCUUGCCAAAUUCAACUGCUAAAAGACUUCCUUCAAAGCGGAACCUGUUGGUGACAAAGAACAAGUACACUGAUAAUAAGCAGUAUCAAAGUAAAGAAAGCGAGAUACAGGAGGCAGCAACUUUGGCAGAAAAAUUGCUUGAGGCUUCUCGAGAAUGGUUCUUGAAGUACUUGGAGGAAUCACUUGAUGAUAGAUUCGGUUUGAAAAGUGAAGAAGGGAGCACUGAAAUUGCAUGUCUUCUUGGACAGCUGAAAAAUGUGAAUCACUGGUUAGAUAAUUUGGUUGGCGGAGAUAAGGUUGAUCAUCGGGUAGAGAACUUAAGGAAAAGUUUGUACCGGUUUCUACUUGAACAAGUUGAUUCGGCAGUUGCAUCAAGUCAGUAAAUAGAGCACUACAAGAACUGACAGAACUAACAGAAACAGAGUACACUUUGCUCAGCUGACUCACUGCUUUGAACAGAUGACUUCACUAACAGAGUCAAUAGUUUAACAACACCUUACUUAGAUAUUGCUAUGACCAUUUAAGGAUCCUAAAUGUUGUAGUAUACUUUAUUCUAACUUAAUCAUUGAAUGAAUCUUACCACUAAGUUUAUACAAUUUUGAGCUGU